AGCGCGGCUUCCGGCGUCGCUGGUGGAGGUGGGUGCAGAAGGAGCGGGCCCUCGCCGCUCGUUCUCGCUCCCUCUUUCUCUCUCUCUCUCUCUUUCCCUCUCGGGCAACAUGGCGGGCGUGGAAGAGGCAUCGUCUUUCGGGGGCCACCUGAAUGGCGACCUGGAUCCAGACGACAGGGAAGAGGGAACCUCCAGCACGGCCGAGGAAGCCGCCAAGAAGAAAAGACGGAAGAAGAAGAAGGGCAAAGGGGCUGUGUCAGCAGGGCAACAAGAACCUGAUAAAGAAUCUGGAACCUCAGUGGACGAAGUAGCAAAACAGUUGGAGAGACAAGCACUGGAGGAGAAAGAGAGAGAUGAUGACGAUGAAGAUGGAGAUGGUGACGGCGAUGGUGCAGCUGGGAAGAAGAAGAAAAAGAAGAAGAAGAAGAGAGGACCAAGAGUUCAAACAGACCCUCCCUCAGUUCCAAUAUGUGACCUGUAUCCUAAUGGUGUAUUUCCCAAAGGACAAGAGUGUGAAUACCCACCCACCCAAGAUGGGCGGACAGCUGCUUGGAGAAUCACAAGUGAAGAGAAAAAGGCGCUAGACCAGGCUAGUGAGGAGAUUUGGAACGACUUCCGAGAAGCUGCCGAAGCACACCGGCAAGUUAGGAAAUACGUCAUGAGCUGGAUCAAGCCUGGGAUGACAAUGAUAGAAAUAUGUGAGAAGUUGGAAGACUGUUCCCGAAAGCUCAUAAAGGAGAAUGGGCUAAAUGCAGGCCUGGCCUUUCCCACUGGGUGUUCUCUCAACAACUGUGCUGCACAUUACACUCCCAAUGCUGGUGACACCACAGUCUUACAGUACGACGACAUCUGUAAGAUCGACUUUGGAACGCAUAUAAGUGGUAGAAUAAUUGAUUGUGCUUUUACUGUUACUUUUAAUCCCAAAUAUGACAUAUUAUUAAAAGCUGUAAAAGAUGCCACCAAUACUGGAAUAAAGUGUGCUGGGAUUGAUGUUCGUCUCUGUGAUGUCGGUGAGGCCAUUCAAGAAGUUAUGGAGUCCUAUGAAGUAGAAAUAGAUGGGAAGACCUAUCAAGUGAAACCCAUACGUAACUUAAAUGGACAUUCAAUUGGGCCAUAUAGAAUUCAUGCUGGAAAAACAGUGCCCAUUGUGAAAGGAGGGGAAGCUACGAGAAUGGAGGAAGGAGAGGUGUAUGCCAUUGAGACCUUUGGUAGCACAGGGAAGGGCGUGGUUCAUGACGAUAUGGAAUGUUCACACUACAUGAAAAAUUUUGAUGUGGGACACGUGCCAAUAAGGCUUCCAAGAACAAAACACUUGUUGAAUGUCAUCAACGAAAACUUUGGUACCCUUGCCUUCUGCCGAAGGUGGCUGGAUCGCUUGGGAGAAAGUAAAUACUUAAUGGCUCUGAAGAACCUGUGUGACUUGGGCAUUGUAGAUCCAUAUCCACCACUCUGUGACAUUAAAGGAUCAUACACAGCACAGUUUGAACAUACCAUACUGCUGCGCCCAACCUGUAAAGAAGUUGUCAGCAGAGGAGAUGACUAUUAAAACUUAGUCCAAAGCCAACUCAACGUCUUUAUUUUCUAAGCUUUGUUGGAACACAUUAUACCACAAGUAAUUUGCAACAUGUUGUCUGUUUUAACAGUGGACCUGUGUAAUGCUGUUAUCCAUGUUUAAAGGAGUUUGAUCAAAGCCAAACUGUCUACAUGUAAUUAACCAAGGAAAAGGCUUUCAAGACUUUACUGUUAACUGUUUCUCCCGUCUAGGAAAUGCUGUACUGCUCACUAGUUAGGAAUUACUUACACGUUUUGUUUUGAAGACCUAAGAGAUGCUUUUUGGAUAUUUAUAUUGCCAUAUUCUUACUUGGAUGCUUUGAAUGACUACAUACAUCCAGUUCUGCACCUAUGCCCUCUGGUAUUGCUUUUUAACCUUCCUGGAAUCCAUUUUCUAAAAAAUAAAGACAUUUUCAGAUCUGAGAGCCACA